AUGGGUGGUUUAUUUAGUUAUUUUAGAGGACUAUUAGGGGCCCGUGAAAUGCGGAUAUUGAUCCUCGGUCUAGACGGUGCCGGAAAGACGACAAUAUUGUACAAAUUACAAGUUGGCGAAGUUGUUACUACAAUUCCGACAAUCGGCUUUAAUGUAGAGCAAGUAACAUAUAAAAAUCUUAAGUUUCAAGUUUGGGAUCUUGGCGGACAAACAAGUAUCAGGCCCUAUUGGCGGUGUUACUAUGGUAACACAGAUGCAAUAAUAUAUGUUGUAGAUUCAGCAGAUAGAGAUCGAAUAGGAAUUUCGAAAGAUGAACUUGUGCAUAUGUUAAGAGAAGAUGAGUUAUCAAAUGCAAUACUGGUAGUAUUAGCAAACAAGCAGGAUAUGGCAGGCUGCCUUACUGUGGCUGAGGUGCAUCAAGCGUUGGGGUUGGAUGCUCUACGUGAUAGAACCUUCCAGAUAUUCAAGACAUCGGCCGUGAGAGGAGAAGGAUUGGAUCAAGCGAUGGACUGGCUUUCUAAUGCACUACAAGCGAGGAAAUAA